AUGGCACCAACGUUGACUUCUUUUGUCAAUUCCUUCACCAACAGGCUUGAAACUCCACUCCGUCAACAUCUAAAAAAUGUAUACGGUUGUUUAGCACUGUCAAGUGUUACCGCAGGAAUUGGUUCAUACGUCCACAUUUACACUGACAUACUCCAAGCUGGAUUAUUGAGUACAUUGGGUGCACUCGGGUUGUUGAUUGCACUCGGUAUGACACCAGACAAUGGAAAGAACCAAAAGUUACGACUUGGUUAUCUACUGGGAUUUGCAUUCUUAUCGGGCCUUGGUUUGGGACCGCUGCUUGAAAUCGUUAUCAGCAUUGAUCCGAGUAUUAUUGUCACUGCGCUUGUAGGCAAGUAUCUCUAUAUCAUUACAAGCUGUUGUACUUGCCGUUACCCGGGUUACAUUUAUUUUUUUCUUCACAAUAGUUUUAUGCAAAGAACAACCGUUGUAUUUACUUCCUUCAGUAUUUCGUCAUUGUAUGCACAACGUGGUCAAUGGCUUUAUCUAAGCGGUACUCUUAUUAGUUUGUCAAACAUCACCAUCAUCUUGCUGUUGGCCAACAUUUUCCUGCGAUCGGCGCUUGUUUACCAGGCGCAGUUGUACCUCGGAUUAGCUCUCAUGUGUGGAUUCAUCAUUUUUGACACUCAGCUGAUUGUUGAGAAAUUCCAUAUGGGCAGCAAGGACUUCAUUGGACACUCACUUGAAUUGUUCAUUGAUUUCUUCAGGGUAUUCCGAUAUCUAGUUGAAAUCCUUGCCAUCAAGGAGCAAAAUAAUCGUAAACGUAAGGAGUAA